AUCAGCUAUGACGGUGUCACAUUAUUAUUGUUCCGUAUGUGGCCACACUGGCUACUGCAUACUGUUUAGGUAACGUUUAUAAUGUACUGAAGAUAUUAAAAUAUUAAUAAUGCAUCUUACGCAAAACUUAGAACUGUUUCCUGAAUACACGGUGACUCAACUGCUCUUCAAAGAUGUAAAAAAUGCGACGGAGUUGAGAAAAAUGGCAGUGAAUGGAGAAAUAAAAGGCGCCUUGAUCAAUCCAUCAAUGGUUGUGGAUUCCUUCCAGAUCCUGGUGGCAGCAAAUAAAGCCGUUCACCUGCAUAAAAAUGGGAAAAUGAAAACCCGGAGCCUUUACUCGGAAAUCAUUUUUAAUCUUUCACCCACAAACAACAUAUCGGAAGCAUUCAAAAGGUUCGGGAUCUCAGACAGUGACAGUGCAGUUCAUAUUGUGUUGGUACACAAUAAAGACGAGACCCUCAACAUCAAUGACAUCAUCUUAAAGGUGGAUGGACAACAGAUUGCCGUUGACCGAGUGUCUGAUUUGACUGAUGUUGCCAAAAUUAAAAAGCUCUACAAAGUCGCACCACCGGAGGAAAAAUGUGGCAGUCUUUUGGACGCUAUUGUUUGCAGGAUGGCCACUAAAGAUGUUGCUUAGCUCAUUGAUAUAUUUAUAUUUUAAAUAAACCCAACACUGUAU